AUGAAGGCCACUUUCGCUCGGAUGCAAAAGAUUCGCAAUAUGCGUGGAAACCCUGCCACGGUGGAGCAGCCAAAGGUGCCAGUGCCGGUGCCAACUGGACCGCGUGACAAGCGAAGUUUUGCUUGGGUUUCUUCGCAUGAUGCGGAGAUCUAUCCUUUGCUUUUGUGUGUGGCCGUUGGCGCCGCGAUUGCCGUUUUCAGUGGUGUUCGCCAUCUGAUGUUCAAUCCCGACGUUAAUGUGAGCCGUGAUCGCCGCGAGACACCUGCUUGGGACCGCUAUAAGUCCGAAGAAGGGAAGACAUUUUCGCGGAACCGCCACCAUUUCGCCAAUCUCAAGCCAAAUCCGGUCAACCAGUUCCCCGAAUCUGCCACACUUCAGGAAGGGACCGAUGAACCGUUCUCAAAACACUUGUGA